GUACUCACAUUUGGACAAGAGGUUGAUCUGGUCUGGAGCCAACGCUGGUCCCUCAUGACCUUUUUGUAUUUGAGUAUGCGCUAUCUUGGAUUGCUGUUUUCCGUCAUCGGUAUGCUGUUAUAUGUUCCGACCAUCUCGGUGACAGACGUAGGCCUGGUUAUGCAUGCCGCACUAGAUUGGAUGAGUAUGGUCGGAAAUGUAAUGCUAGGUGUCAUCAUGAUCGCCCGAUUACAUGCCAUGUAUCAGCGAUCUAGAAAGAUGCUGGUAUUUCUCGUUGUCAUCUUCGUGCCUAUCAACAUCUAUGACGGAGUAAUGACCGCACUCGCAGCGAGGUUUGUUUCAGGGGAGGAGCUCAUUCUCUCUGACACGUAUCAGUGUAGCCUCAGCUAUAAGGGAGAUGGCGUACUUGUGUGUACCAUCACUUGGACACUCAGCACUGUGUGGGAAGUUCUUAUACUGUGUCUCGCAGUCCGGAUUGCUGUAAAACACAUCCGUGAACUGCGACGAUAUUCAGCAGGAGGGCUCAUUGGUAAUUGUUUCACGGUGUUAAUGCAAACUCACCUAAUUUAUUUUUCGAUCUUUUUUGCUAUUUCUUGCUUCCAGCUCAGUGAUUUGUUUUCAAUCAUUUCAGCGGACACAUCCUCCCUGGAAUUUCGAAUGCAUCUUUGUUUCUGUCAAAUCUCCUUGCUCGUGCACAUGUUUGUGCUGGGACCACGCCUGAUCCUUAGCGUUCGAGAAUAUAACGCUAAGCUCCUGGGCGACUGGGACUCAGCAACCGGCAUGUUAUCAAUUCCUUUCCAGAAUAUUUCAACCAGCGGUGUGUAGCAUAGGAGACGUUCUGAUUGACAAUCGUCGGGUAUUCUUCAGGCAGCGGGAUAAUGUGCUGUCUGAUUCAAGUUUCAUUGUGGUACUGUACAUUCAAGCUGUAUUUAGUGUUUGAAUUUGAAUUUGAAUUUGAAAGACAA